CACUGUAACAACCUUUGAGUCAAACAAAUCACUGUAAGUAGACCACUGGUUUUAUACAUCUACUAGUGUACUGACGGGUAUUUUUCGAUUCUUGAUACCUUACAUUCCAGCUUUAGACACAACCGUAACAAGAAAAGAAUCCGGGAUGAUACCAGGUAACUGACUUUUCAGUCGAGCUUCCGGUAAAUUUUGAGACAACAGACUGGCAUCAAGGUUACAGUAAUGAAAGUUAUAAAAUCGUCAUUUCAAAAGCUGAUAUGGAGAAGUGUGAUGUCGCCUCAAUACUAAAGUUGGUAAAUAUACUAUUAUUAAAAUAAACGGUGCCUACAAAACUAUGCCACACCUUAAUCAAACCUGUCAGUGCAGACUGAAAGUUUUACUCUACGAAAGAGACAGGCUAUGUGGAGAGACUGAAAGCACUCACGCUUGAGGAGGCGUCAACCUGACACGCCUGUUUAAUAUUAACCUUUGCUGGUAGGCCCACUCUCGCCUGUCGAAAGGCUAGAAGGAGUAUCAACAUGAUCUUUUCGACUUACUCCAACUGGAAAGGACGAGAUAGACCGGUUUAGGGCCACAAGUGCAAGACACCUUCGAUGAGAAAGUGAAAGAAAAUGCUAAGGCAGCGCAGCGUAUUGUUCUGAUUUUCUGAAAUGGCUCGUUAUUUCAUGUCCUUUUUCAUCUUGACCUCCUGCCGAGUUGCUGGACAGUCUCCAAUAUAUGCACUCAAGGGGCAGGAGGUGAACUUGAAACCAGCCAUCACUGGACAACCUAAGGAAAUUCUGUGGAAAUAUAAAGGCAACAAAGUAGUAGAGUUUAAUGGCCAUGACGAACAGGUGUACCACCCAUAUGAAAAAAGGAUCACUCUUGACUGGAUCUCUGCAGAGCUCAAUAUCGCUAAACUCAGAUAUGAAGACACUGGAUACUAUGAAUUGGAAGUAUACAUGAACCAAGAGUUGAAACGUUCACGUUUUCUAUUGGAGGUCAUUGACCGAGUUGCCACACCCAGAAUAUCCUGUGAGAUGGAAGAUGGCAGCAGCUCUGCAACGCUAGUGUGCUCUGCCGAGUUCAUACAGCCUCAGUCCUUAAUGAAGUAUGAGUGGGAUUCACAUGGACAUGUGCAGCCUGGGCCAAAUUUCACAAUAUCUCUGGGAGAUAAACAUGAUGAUGAAAUAUACACGUGUAGGGUGAGCAACCCUCUGAGCAAUGAAACAGCUACAUACACUGCAAAGGAUUGUUACCCAGACAAAAGUUCAUCUGCAGCACUGAUUGCCAGCGUACUCACCAUCGUUGUAAUUAUUCCACAUGUUGUAGCCGUAGUGUAUUGCAAACUACGCCAUAAAGCAUGUUUUGCAAAAAGAAAGAAAGGUGAUUCAGAAAACCCAUCAACAAAAGGGUCAGAUGAGAAGACAGCUCAGGGUGAUGAAAAUAGGCGUCUUCUUGAAAGAGCACCCACACUUCCCUCUAUGCAGCCACUUGGCCUUUUGCACCAAAGCAAUAGGAAUUUGAGGCCUAAUGGCCUGGAUAGAGAUCACAAAGAAGAUGUCAAUUCAGACCGGAAGACUGACAACGAUGACAAAGGUGAUGCAGAUGCAAAUGAACCUGAACCAGCUGGUGUGGUGGACAAGGAGGAUUUGGAGGUCUUCAGUGAGCCUGAACAGCCAGUUUUGGAAACUACUCUCUCUGAACCAGAUUCACAACACUCAGGUUUAGAUAACAAGCCUCUGGAUCCUAUUGAUCUGGCUAGCAAUGACAAAGGUGAUGCAGAUGCGACGCAUUUUACUGUAGGAUUUGCUGGGAUUAACAAGACCGAGUCAAAGAAAAAGACAGAUGAUGAAGAGGAACCAUAGUCACCUCCUGCUCAGUCAUGUUUCCCUUUGACAUAAAGGACACCACUGGUGAACACAAGGAAGACACCAACUCAGAUCAGGUCAACAGAGAAACUACAGUACUGCAGAACAGUUCAGAAGGAUAAGUACAUGAGCAAGAUUCAAACAUGUCACAGGGAGAAACUGUAUUAAAGAAUGAGUGAUGAGGUUGAUUGUCAACACCUGCAUGUGUUGAUCAGCAGCGGCACAUGCGUGUUCCUGUUGACCUCUAGCUCUUAGUCGAGAGUCUCUCUUCAUAGACUGGUUUGGUGGUGUAUAAUGGGAAAAAAAAUGCUGAUGUCACCAUUAUUUUAUGCAUGGUUGACUUACUGCUGCUGGUUAACUGCCUGUUAGAUCAUCUCUGGCUGCCUCCAAUGCGCUGCACAACAUGGGUUAUUUGUCCUUGUUUGUUAUAUGCCUUUCAAGAGUCUCCAGAUACUGCACAUAUAGACCCAAGUCAAGAUGAAGGUGGUAAGACCAGGCAGGACUCAGAUGAGUCUGAGCAGCAGUCAGACAGCAGCACAACAGAGCCAGAUAAAAGUGAGGGUGAAACUGCUGAAGAUAAAAAUGAGAUACAGUGUGCCCAAGAAAAGAAAAGCCAGACGAUGAGAGCCUGAAUGAGGCUGAAGGGAGACAAAAUUUUUUUUUAUCAAUUUAAUAGCACAUUAGCACUUAUAAAUCUCAUGCUACAUCUUUUGAGUCUACAUGUUAGGGCGACACUACAGUUUAACACAAAUAACCACUAUUCUUAUUAAUCUCAUAUUGUGACUUUACUCAUAAGGACUACUUGGUGGUGUAAUGGAAAUAUUGUAAGCUUAUUUGGACAUCUAGUGACUGUGAUGAAGUAAAAACAACAGACAUUUGCCCAUUUUAGAAUCAAAAUGCUUUAUUAAAGGUGUAAAAUUAUGUUAUGAUGCUGUACACACAUAUGAAAGUAACCCCUGCACCCACUUUUAAAAAUGUAAUUUUUAAUUUACAUUUAAUUUUAAUCACUCACUCAUUUAUUAUUAUUGAGACCAGCUUGUUUCUGUGAAUGCAUUGCUGUGGUGAAAUUGUUCAGAGCUCAGUGUAUAUUUGUCAUUAUUGAUUAUUCAUUAAUUAUUUG